UGCUGGCUGGAGGCUAAUUUCAGUCAGCUUGUCACUUCCACUUAGCCUACUUUCCCUAGGCUAGUGGUUACUGGUCUCUCUAGUACCCUGCCUGUUCUAGGUGCUGCUGGCCAUUGCGAGUUAAACUGUAUCGGCUCCUAGCUUUUAAGGACAUAGAAAAAGACUGGCUAAAGUCAUGGCAGGAGCCAUCGCACCAUCGUCGGCCUCGGUCUCAACCAAGGUCGUCGGUACAGUCAGCACAACCGGAACUGGUAGGAAAUCGCGUCGCUCCGCUGCGACCAGUGUCACUGCGCCACGUGCCCUGCAGCCGUUCUCAGGGCUUAGGAGCAAUGGUCAGACGAUCGGAGCGGCUAAGGAGGGAGCUAGCCUCGCGUCUGUCGUUGCUAAGCAGUCUAAGGCCGGGCGAUCGGGGAAGGCGUCGCGCGGUGUUGCCGUCGCUAUGUUCGAGCGAUUCACUGAGAAGGCCAUCAAGGUGAUCAUGCUGGCGCAGGAAGAGGCCCGGCGUCUGGGCCACAACUUCGUUGGCACGGAGCAGAUUCUCCUGGGGCUCAUCGGCGAGGGCACGGGCAUCGCCGCCAAGGUGCUCAAGUCGCUCGGCGUCAACCUCAAGGAGGCGCGCGUGGAGGUCGAGAAGAUCAUCGGUCGCGGGUCGGGCUUCGUCGCUGUGGAGAUUCCGUUCACUCCGCGCGCCAAGCGCGUGCUCGAGCUCUCGCUGGAGGAGGCUCGCCAACUUGGCCACAACUACAUCGGCACGGAGCAUCUGCUGCUGGGUCUCCUCCGCGAGGGCGAGGGCGUCGCUGCUCGCGUGCUCGAGAACCUUGGCGCCGACGCCGGCAACAUUCGCUCCCAGGUGAUCCGCAUGGUGGGCGAGAGCGCGGAGGCGGUGGGUGCGGGAGUGGGCGGCGGCAGCAGCAACUCCAAGAUGCCCACGCUCGAGGAGUACGGCACGAACCUCACCAAGCUCGCCGAGGAUGGCAAGCUGGACCCGGUGGUGGGGCGCGUGUCGCAGAUCGAGCGCGUGACGCAGAUCCUGGGCCGCCGCACCAAGAACAACCCGUGCCUCAUCGGCGAGCCUGGCGUCGGCAAGACCGCCAUCGCAGAAGGGCUCGCUCAGCGCAUCGCGGGCGGCGACGUGCCCGAGACUCUCGAGGGCAAGAAGGUCAUCACCCUGGACAUGGGUCUGCUUGUAGCGGGGACGAAGUACCGUGGAGAGUUCGAGGAGCGGCUGAAGAAGCUGAUGGACGAGAUCAAGCAGGCGGACGACAUCAUCCUCUUCAUCGACGAGGUGCACACGCUCAUCGGCGCGGGUGCGGCUGAGGGCGCCAUCGACGCUGCCAACAUCCUCAAGCCCGCCAUGGCUCGCGGCGAGCUGCAGUGCAUCGGCGCCACCACCCUCGACGAGUACCGCAAGCACAUUGAGAAGGACCCCGCCUUGGAGCGCCGCUUCCAGCCCGUGCAGGUGCCGGAGCCCACGGUUGAGGAGACUAUCCUGAUCCUCCAGGGGCUGAGGGAGCGCUACGAGAUUCACCACAAGCUGCGGUACACGGACGAGGCGCUCGCCGCGGCCGCGCAGCUGUCGUACCAGUACAUCAGCGACCGCUUCCUGCCCGACAAGGCCAUUGACCUGAUCGACGAGGCGGGGUCGAGGGUUCGCCUGCGGCACGCGCAGCUGCCCGAGGAGGCCAAGGAGCUGGACAAGCAGCUGAGGCAGAUCACCAAGGACAAGAACGAGGCCGUGCGCAACCAGGACUUUGAGAAGGCGGGCGAGCUGCGCGACCAGGAGAUGGACCUGAAGACGCAGAUCAGCGCCAUCAUGGAGAAGAGCAAGGAGCAGAACAAGGCGGAGGUGGAGGCGUCGGGUGGCGCGGGUGGCCCGGUGGUGACGGAGGCGGACAUCCACCAUAUUGUGUGCGCGUGGACGGGCAUCCCCGUGGAGAAGGUGUCCAGCGACGAGAGCAGCCGGCUCUUGAAGAUGGAGGCGACGCUGCACAACCGCGUUAUUGGGCAGGACGAGGCGGUCAAGGCCAUCAGUCGCGCCAUUCGCCGCGCGCGUGUGGGGCUGAAGAACCCCAACCGCCCCAUUGCCAGCUUCAUCUUCUCUGGCCCCACCGGUGUCGGCAAGUCGGAGCUCGCCAAGUCUCUUGCCGCCUACUACUUCGGCUCUGAGGAGGCCAUGGUGCGGCUGGACAUGUCUGAGUUUAUGGAGCGCCACACGGUCUCCAAACUCAUUGGCUCACCCCCCGGCUACGUGGGGUACAGCGAGGGCGGCCAGCUCACCGAGGCCGUCAGACGGAGGCCGUACACCGUGGUGUUGUUCGACGAGAUUGAGAAGGCGCACCCCGACGUCUUCAACAUGAUGCUCCAGAUUCUGGAGGACGGGCGGCUGACGGACAGCAAGGGGCGCACGGUGGACUUCAAGAACACGCUGCUCAUCAUGACGUCCAAUGUUGGAUCGUCCGUCAUUGAGAAGGGCGGCGGUGGCAUCGGCUUCCAGCUGGACUAUGGCGAGAAGGACACGAGCUACAACCGCAUCAAGUCGCUGGUGAACGAGGAGUUGAAGCAGUACUUCCGCCCCGAGUUCCUGAACCGGCUGGAUGAAAUCAUCGUCUUCCGCCAGCUCACCAAGCAGGAGGUCAAGGAGAUCUCCGACAUCAUGCUGCGCGAGGUCUUCGAGCGCCUCAAGAAGAAGGACAUCGACCUGCAGGUGACGGAGCGCUUCAGAGAUCGGGUGGUGGACGAGGGCUACAGCCCCAGCUACGGUGCCAGGCCGCUGCGACGAGCCAUCAUGAGGCUGCUGGAGGACAGCAUGGCGGAGCGCAUGCUGUCUGGGGAGGUGAAGGAGGGCGACAGUGCAAUCAUUGAUGUGGAUGCUGAUGGCAACGUCACUGUGCUCAACGGCAACACGGGCACUGCCACCUCCACUGCCAUUGAAGCCCCAGCGGGCAUCUCUUAGGUGGCUUCAGCUGUUAUGGAAGCUGGCUAGUAGCUUUGUGCUUGGAUUCUACUCAGAUUUAUGGUGAUUUUUUCCAGGUAGGAACUUGUGCUUUAUAACUUUGUGAGGUCAGUUCCAAUAACGAUUCCUGGUGCGUUUAUGCACUCCUUUGGAGAUUCCACGCCUAUAAAGUCCAGCUCUGCCUGCAUUCCUACAACAUAGUUUCUCCAGCUCGCCCGCUUGCCAGACGCCUGCAGCUUCAGCUUCCCCUUCGAUUUUCUUACGUCCUUCAUUUCUAGCCAUGGCUGACAAGGAGUGCACCUGCGGUACUGGAUGCUCCUGCUCGACCGGCGGAGCAUCAUGCGGAUGCGGAGCCGGAUGCAAGGCCGGGCCUAGCUGUUCCUGCAAGGGCGGUUCGUCCUGCGCGUGCGGCGAGACCUGCGCGUGCGACUCGUGCUCCUGCGGGGAGGGCUGCUCCUGCAAGACCCGCACGUGCGCGUCUGGCGGCGCCUGCACCUGCGGCGACGGAUGCGGCUGCGGCGCGGGAUGCAGCUGCAAGAAGUGAUCGACUAAUUCUACGGCGUCUAGAGAUCCAAUUCGUUCUCAAAAGGCUUUUCUUUUCCUUACGUGUAGAUACGUAAUCGACCCGUGGAUUCGCUUGUGUAAACCAAUCCACGGAAAAUAGGAGAAGUGUGCGUGCGUUCAGAUGCGCUAUUGUAAAGCCCGAAUCUUCAAUGCUUGACUCGUAAAUCCAGAGCCAUGUCAGAUGCAGCAAUCAGUAGCUUGCCAUCAGCAGUACCCUCAUCACUACG